AUGAUACUUCCUAGAGCUCGGUAUGAUUGGUUGAAUUUGAGAUUGCAAGAAUUUAAAUCUGUUAGUGAAUAUAACUCAGUUGUGUUCAAAAUAACUUCUCAAUUGAAAUUAUGUGGAGAAAAUAUUACUGAUGCAGAAAUUUUUGAAAAGACAUACACCACUUUCCAUGCAAAUAAUAUUGUCCUACAGACACAAUAUAGAGAAAAAGCUGAGCAAAAUAAUGAGCUGUUAAUGAAAAAUCAUAAGUCACGUCCUACUGGCUCUACUCCAUUCUCUGAAGCGACUGUGACAACCCAUAACAGGAAAGAAACUAAAAACAGAGACCAUUCUAGCAGUAGUGGUCGAGGUAGAGGUCGAGGUCGCGAUCUUGGCCAAUGGCGCGACCGGGGUCGUGGGCGUGGAUAUGGUAGAGGUCGUGGAGGUCAUUUCACAAACUCACAUUCCCACCAAAAGUGGGAAUGCAUAGAUGAUAAAGUUGAGAAAGAGAAAAGUGAGACCAAUUGUAGGUGUCAUUUGAAGCGCGCUUACGUUAAGCAUGUUGUGAAUAUGCUUGGCACUCAUAGGAAUGGGAAUUGA